UUUUUUUUUGCAGUCAAUUUCAGAAAAGUGAGAUACGGUUGUGGCAGCAUGUCUUUCUACAUAUCACCACCAGGUGGCAAUAUUUCCCUACAGAAGUUGACACAGUUUGCUGUAGCCAGGUUCAAUUUCCUAUCCAAGGUGUAUGAUACAGGUGGAAAUAGGCUAGAGAUAUUUGAUAUAUUGAAAGAUACAGAGAAUGUGCAAGACUCGGAAUGUCUGAUAGAAGGAACAGUGAAAGACAGGCUGUCACACUUUAUACUCAGACUUGCAUGCUGCUCAAACAGUGAUAUGACUGCAUUUUUAGUGAAGGCUGAGACUUUAUUAUUUGACUUCCGGUUUACAUGUAUGACGGAGGAAGAGCUGUGUAAAUUAUUUAAAUCCACUGAUUAUCUUAGAAAAGGCAACAGAUUAAAAAAUACCAUCUCAUCUGAUACACCAUUGUAUGUAAGACAGUUUUUCGAAACAUUGUCUCAGAUUAAAGGUGAUAAUUUAAAAUGGAGAACUGUGGUAAGACAGUAUUUAAAUGGUAAAGAAGUUUGUUUCAUGGUACCAUUCUGGACUGUGUUACAUUUUGUUGCAACAAGACAGACUGUGUUAAAAAAUGGAAUUGCUCAUGUACCAGUCUGCAGACUGAGGGAAACUGUAACCAGUCUGUUUAAAGAGUUGCUGCAGAAUGGUAUAAAACAAGCUGCUGAUAUAUUCCAUACAGAUGAGCGAAGGAUAAAGAUUCUUUUUAAAACGUUAAAGGUUUGUACCAUAAUUGAAUGUUACUGCAUAGCCUCUGUAGCAAAUAUUGUAAUGUUUUAUGAGCACUACAGGGACCAGUAUCCUGGAUGUGACAUGCGUCAUGAUCUGUGUCACACUGAAGUUGACGGAGUAGCUCACAUGUUCCCACCAUGUAUGUCACAUCUCCAUAGAUCACUCAGGAUGUCACACAGACUCAAACAUCACUCUAGGAUUCAGUACUCAUUAUUUCUGAAAGAGGCAGGAUUGUCUGUUCAUGAGGCGCUCAUGUUUUGGAGGAAGGAAUACUCCCAGUCUCCUAGCAACAAUGAUGGAUGCUGUCAUACAUGGUCAAAGGAUGAGGGAAGAUAUACGUACAAUAUUAGACAUCUCUAUGGUCUGGAGGGUUCCAGAAUCAACUACAGGGGACACUCAUGUACAGCAUUACAAGAGAGCUACCAUGGUCCUUGUGAGAGUGGGGGAUGUCCUUUCAGCCAUUUUGAUUCCUCUCACAUACUGGAGUUGUUACAUGCAGAAGGUAUUACCUCUGCAGUCAGCACUGACCAAAUACUCCAGCUGGCUAGACAGAAACUGUAUUCUCAGGCAUGCUCAUUGUACUUCAUGGAGAAAAUAAAGAAAAUGCAACAUGCAAGGGAGCCUUGUCAGAACGUUCAAUUUAAGUGCUUCAGAACUGACGAAAAUGAUACACAUGAGGUCUUACACAGCAAAGACUGUGUACAACAGUACCAGAAUGUUAAAGACAGUGACAGUGAACAUGUUAGAGGCUGUUACCAUGGCAACACUGAAUGUGUUGCUACAGAAAAUUUCAGUUGUUGUUGCCAUGACAAAGGUCAUAAUUGUGGCAACAGGUGUUGUUGUAAACGUUUAUGUUACAGUGAAAGAGAGCCUAAUGUAACUGCUGUGAUAUCUAACUCAAAAUCAUGUGGUGAUGCAUUUGAACAAGCGUGUAACACCUCAAAUUCCUCCAUUUGUUCUCACCAGAGUUCUGUCAAAGAUGAGCAGUCUUCAGCAACAACCAGAGUUCCAAAUGAUGAUCUUCUAAGUUGUAUAUGUCCUGAAAAACUAUCAUUAUUUAACGACAAGAACAUCACUUCAGAAACAAAUUAUAAUGAAACAAAGUCACCUUUUAACCCUAAUAUGAUCAAAUGUCUAGAGAAAAAAGAAGGGUCUGUUAGAAAAUCUUACGUUGGAAAUGAGAAAGACAUGGAGAUAAAAAGGUAUCUUGUAUUUCAGAAACCUGUUGAGUAUUUAGAAAAAUACAAAUUAUUUAUGAAGGAAGUGAAUAAAUGAUGACUUGUGGAAUAUUAUAUAAGUCUGUUUCUUGUUGUUGAUCUGAAUGAUACUGUGUUAUAUAUGUUGUGUUCUGGUAUGUAGCCUGUUGCAUUCUUGUCGCUGAGGAAUGGUAAAAUAAUCGUCUGGUACAUAGCCUUAGUGAUACUUGUCGCUGAGGAACAGUACUG